UCUAUGCUGUCCACUAGUGAGUGGACGUUCCUAUAAAUCUCAUUAUAUAUAAGCAGAGCUCUGCCCGUGCAAACAUAGCUAUGUGCUUUUUCUAGAAAUGGAUAGUAGCUCACGGAACGAUUACAACGAAUUUUCCGAUAGUGCUACGUAUCUGCUGUAUAAAACUGAUUACACACCCCAGAGCUCGAAUAAUGAUCUUGACGGUUAUGAUUACCAGGGUUAUCACUGCCGUGUUUACAAAAGAAGAUGGUAUAUCUUGCUGAUCUAUUGUUCUGUUGGUUUUUCAAAUUAUAUAUCAUGGAAUACUUGGGAUCCCAUACAAAACACUGCGAAGUUUGUUUAUGGAUGGAAUAAUGGAAUUAUAUCUCUAUUGGCUGACUGGGGGCUUUUGACAUUGAUAGUUUUCCCUCCUUUUUACGCUGCACUUCUGAAGAAAAAAGGACUGCGGAGAUCAGAAUUAGUGACUAUAGGCUGUAUGUUUCUCGGUGCUUUUCUGAGAAUUAUUCCUUGGAGAAUGGGUCCAAUUAACACGCUAAUGAUAAAUGUUAGCCAAUUUUGUACCGGCGCGGGUGGUAUAAUUCCCAUGGCUGGUGCAAGUCUCCUUUCAAUAACCUGGUUUCCUCCUAGUGAAAGGAGGUUUGCGACAUCUUUAGCUUCUGGCAGUCAGCAGUUUGGUUUGGCUCUUUCGUUUCUCCUUGGUCCACUUCUUGUAGAAGAACCAAUUUCGGAUUCAUUUAAUUCGUCAUUUCUAGAGUUUGAAGCAGAAGAGACUAGGGUUGAGCUUCGAACUCAAUAUCGGGCUGAAAUUCAAACCUAUCUUAGAAUACAGUUCGCUCUCGUAGCGGUUUUAACUGCAUGUAUAAUCAUCUAUUUUCCUGCGAGACCUCCUCUUCCACCUUCUAAUUUGUCUAUCAGUGGUCGUCACUUUUUCGGCUAUUCUAUCCGACUUAUUGUGAAACAACGUAGGUUUUGGAUUCUGUCUUUUACUUAUGGGUUCUUCAGUGGGUUGUUCAAUUCCUAUCUAGCCAUUCUUGCCGUAGAUUUGGCCAGCAAUCCUCAUUUGCAGUUUUCGCAGUAUUGGUCUGGCUGGCUUGGAUUUGCGACUACCAUAAUUGGUGCUGCGACUAGUGUCGUGGUUGCCGCUGCGGCCGAUUUGCUCAGGGCUUACAACCCAAUCAAAAAAUUACUUUUGGCUUUGUUGACUACUGGGUUUCUUGCGUUUGGUGUGUUCAUUUUACUGGCAAAAGGCAUCGUUCACAUUGAAUUGAGUUCUAUGGAAAUGAGGGUAUUGGUUUAUGUUCUAGUUAUAAUUACAGGAUGUGCCUCUGCUAGUACAGUGCCUUUGAUUUUUGAAAUCGGAUCCGACAUACUCUAUCCGAUUCCAGAAGAGGUCAUUGGAUCUAUGCUUGUAUUGGUGCAAAAUACUUGCGGGCUCAUGUUUCUAAUGGUUAUGUUAGUCCCUGGCGUUGGCACAAACUGGCUUGAUUACGCGGUUUUUGGAGGUAUGCUAGCGUCUUUCCCUAUGAUCUAUCUUAUGGAUGACAAGAAUAGACGAAUAUCAGCCGAACUGUUGCCUAAUUAGUUUAGAAAAGUUAGUAUACGUAAAAGUUAGUAAAAGUUCUGAAUAUUUUGCAAAGAUUGUAUAUUUAAUUCUUAGUUAUGCAGUAGAAGUUACUUGUAAUUUUCAACAGUUGGUGCUAAUCAGAAUAGCUAUUAAUGCUAAGAAGU